UUAAAAUAAAUUAUUGCUUAAGGAUUUUAGGUUUUUAAAAGAAUUUAAUAAACUUUUAAUUUUUCAGGCACACCAUAAUAAUAUAAUUAACAUAAUAUAAUUAUCUAUUUAAAUAAGAGUAUGUCAUCAGCUUCUUCAAAUAAUUCUGAUAACGAAAGUGAAGGAUCUUCAUAAUAAAAUUCUUCAUCUUAGAGCGGGUCAAGCAGCUAGCAAAGUAGCAGUUAGUCUAAAUCAUAAGCCUCUUCAAGGUCAUCUAUCCCUUCAUAAAUAUUAAAAGGACUUGAUUUUGAUAGUUAAACAAUUAGAUUAAGUUAAAUAGGGAGGGAUGUAGAAAAUAUUGCUAAGGAAAAUAAUCAAUUUUGCAAUUAAUUGAAUCGUUAAGUAUUUUUUUAAAGUGGAUAUAAUUUUGGAUAAGGUAUUUAAUAUGAUAAAUUUGGAAUCAAAUCUUUAUAUUAGAAUUAAACAAAUCCUGUCGAAAAUAGAGGAAAUUUUAAUACUUAUGGAAAAUAUAGAUUUGAAGAGGCUUAAAAAAAUUAAAUAUCACCUAACAAAUCUAUCAUAAAAUAAAGUACUAACAUCUUAGAUUAAACAGAGCUAAAAUUUGAGGAUAAAAAAUGUCCACAAUGCCUUGAUAGAUCUAUUUAAGCAAAUUUAAGUAGAGCUCCAACUACGAGAAGCAUAUAAGAUUCUAUUUAGAAAAAGAAUUCAAUUGAAAUAAGAAUACCACCUAUAAAUAUUUAAGAGAACUCACCUGUAAAAAGCUAGAUAAAUAAUAAAAGUUAGAAGGCUUAUGAUCCAAAUAUAACAAACUAAAGUCGCUUCUAAGUAGGAAAAGAAACACAGUAAAUUAUAAAUAAUUAUUAUAAAUAAAUUCAAGAUAAAAGAAAAGUCAUGAAUAACUCAAAAUAGUAGAUAUCAAACUUGUACAAGCAUUAGAUUGAAAGAAAUGUUUAUGAUGAGUAUGAAGUAAAAAAAUCUAGGGCUGUUUCGCUUUAUUAAGAUGACAAUGACAAAUUCUCAAGACAAAGAUCCUCAACAUAUUAUCAUAAUUAAAACAAAUCUAGAAUAGAUUCAAGAAGCAUAGAUAUAGCAAUCAAGACCUUGCUUAAUAAAUGA